AUGUCUCACCUCCAGUCAUCGGAAAUGGAGUCACAGUCCUUACAAAUGAAACCCCAGAGCAUCGACUAUGAAAUGCUCGUAUCUCCAGUACCAAGGCCAUAUCAACUCUUCACUGUGUGGUGCGAGCCUCAGCUCAAACUGCCAAAAAUGCCCACCAUAAAUGAUGCCAUUCGCUUUCUACACAUCGUUUAUCUUUUCUUCUACUCGGACAUCACGACCGUCAUAAUUCCUUGCAUGACAUUCGGCAUUCUAGGCGCGUACACAAACUCUGCUCUGACAAUAAGUCCUGUUUCUUUGCGCGAUCUUUGCUACAACUGCCCGCAAGCACUUUUGUGGCUCUGGGGAGUGCUGAUGGUUUUUGAUAUCAACAACCAAAACUCCCCGGAGUCCAUCGAAGAGGAUCGUCUUAACAAGCCUUCACGUCCUAUUGCAUCUGGAAGAAUCAGUCCAGCAGCUGCCUCCAAUCUUCUGCGAGUCAUGAUCGCCAUGACUCUGGGCAUCAGCUAUGUCAACGGAGUCAUACCAGAGACUUUGGCCCUUUUCGUCCUAUACUGGCUAUACGACAACCAAGGCGGCAACGAGGACUGGUUCAUGCGCAAUCUUCUAGCCGCUGGUGGCUACAUCUUUUAUGCGCUUGGAAGCAUUGCCAUUGUCUCCAAUCAUUCUGAGACAAGAGCCGCAAAACUAUGGAUGAUCAUCUUCGGCCUUGUCAUCUUGACCACCAUCCAUGCUCAGGAUUUCCGCGACAUGGAGGGCGACCAACUCAAAGGCCGGACCACAUUGCCUCUCAUUAUGGGUUCAAAGACAGGCCGGAUGACCCUGGGGGCCAGUUUGAUGUUCUGGUCCGUCUUUUGCCCUUACUACCUUAAUCUCUCUUACUAUGGGUACAUUUUGACUGCUGGGUCUGCUGGUAUGACUGGAUUGAGGUUCAUCUUCAAAACGGACAACGCGUCUGACAAGAAGUCCUUUCACUUGUAUUGCUUAUGGGUAGCAGCUAUGUUGCAACUCCCUGCCAUGGCUGUUGCUUGA